AAGGUAUUUAGAUCCAAUACCGGCUGUCAGGUCAAUAAAGGACCGGUGUUUGAGCCCGGAGCGGCGAAACUGGAAGUUUAUGGAAAUGAGUUUGUCGUUCCAAGGCGGGUUGCACAGCAGCAGAGUGCAACGUACACAGGGAACCAUGAGGGUCCCAGCUAAUUGGCUCAUGGUUCCGUUGAGUGGCAGACUCGGCCUUUUCCAGAAGGCUUCUGUGCGAAUGAUUCAUUGCGUGUUGACUCAUAAGUCGGCAAUCCUGACUAUAGGAGUAGCGUCAACCGGUUGCAAGUAUCGUCACAAUGACUCCCAUGAGAUGUAUCUGACGUGCCUGUUCCAAGGACUAAGAAUAACAAAUGUGGCAUUCCUACUUCAGAGGGUUAACUGCUUCAAGGUCAGAGACAGUCUUUUCCAGCAGUUCCUGCAUGAAGUGGUAAGACGUGGUCGAAUCGCCGUGAUUGACAGUCUGGACAUGCGAGCCACUUACCUAUACAGUAAGUCGGAGAAAUCGAGAGAUGGCGACUUGGCAUGUCCUGCACGCGUCAGACGUCUCGUGAUGAUGAGACCUGCCCGACAUGGUGCAUUCAGUGAAACAACGGUUUGCUGGCUAGACUGUUUGGCAGGAUGGUGCUUCGCCAAAAGGGGGAUAGUUCGCGGGGAGUCUUGGGCUGUUGGUGUUUGCGCUAGGAAUUGGGUACUCCGUGAUUAUUGAUAGAUAGGCUAGAUAGAUAGAUACUAGAUAGCGCCCAAGGCAGCUGAACAAACAGUAAGACAGCCCCGCGUUGCCUUGAGAACCGGCACCUGGUGUUUGCAGUGUUUGGUCAGGCACGUUGUUGUGCCUCGGCGGGUAAUGGUCAUAGCUUCUUCUUCCUCCGUCCGACCCCCUGCCUAUC